UGCGGUAUCCGAGUAAGAUGGCCGCAGCCGGAGAGUGCUCGCUCGCUGUGCCGCUGAGUCCGGUUUCCCUGACGCACGUCGAGUAUCCCGCAGGUGACUUUACAGGUUAUCUCCUUGCCUACGUAAGCCUGGGUCCUAUUUUCAUCAUAGUUGGCUUCAUCACACUCAUUGUUUUCAAGAGAGAACUUCACACGAUCUCUUUCUUGCUGGGGCUGCUAUUCAACGAAGGUGUGAAUUGGCUCAUAAAGAAUAUUAUCCAAGAGCCACGGCCUUGUGCAGAAAUCCAUCCAUCGGUCCAUUCGAAGUACGCGAUGCCUUCCAGCCACUCCCAGUUCAUGUGGUUUUUUGCCAUCUACUCUUUCCUCUUCCUAUAUUUAAGAAUGCACCAAACAAACAAUGCCAGGUUUCUGGACUUACUGUGGAGACAUGUGCUGUCCCUCUGCCUCUUAACAGUGGCCUUUCUGGUCUCAUACAGUAGGGUCUAUCUACGCUACCACACCUGGAGUCAAGUUGUUUACGGAGGCCUUGCAGGGACCAUCAUGGCCGUAGUUUGGUUUAUCUUCACGCAGGAAAUCUUAACACCAUUAUUCCCAAGAAUAGCUGCCUGGCCAAUAUCUGAAUUCUUCUUAAUUCGAGACACCAGUCUCAUCCCGAAUAUCCUAUGGUUUGAAUACACCGUCACCAGGGCAGAAGCCAGGAACCGACAGCGUAAGCUGGGGACCAAGCUGCAGUGAACUUGGAAGGCUCUCCAGAAGCGGACCACCUGAUUCUGCCUAGCGAUGAUGAAGGGCCAGAGCAGAGAGACCUGUACAGAGCUGGGAGCGAGGUGUGGAGCCUUUUUAAAGAAAGACAGACCAAAGGACCAGGCAGGGACCACCACCUGAAGACCAGAGGCCUUUUCCAACCUAGCUGGAUCAACCCUGCUGCAUGUUGAGGACCGAACGGGCACAGGCCCCCUCCCUUCUCCCCAUUUAUAUAUUGCAGAUGCACAGUGUUAGGCACGCCCUUACUCUCCCUGGGGCACGACCUACGGGGAUUCCUCCUGCACAACUCGGCCCAUUUCGCCCGGAGCUUGUGCAAGACUGACGCCGGUAGGCCAUGCCCAUGGAUUUCUUUUUGAAAAAGUGGGGCAGGGGAGUGGGGUGCUUGGAGAAUAUACCUAGUAUCUUGUCAGCGGGAUAAACCAUAUAUAGCUCUGACAUUUUUUUUCCUAUCGAAUCUCCCCUUUUUUGCGGCAUGCAAUAUACCCACUAUUUAUUACUAUUAUUUUUUAAACGGACUGUUGUUUGCAAAAAGGGGUAGGGGGUGGGGAGGAAAUGGAGGGUGCCUGUUUGGAUAUGGGUUUUGGGGAAGGGGAAGCUAUUUUAUCUCCCCUGGGGGGCAUGGGGGAGGAUUGAGGGAGGGUUACUGAAGCUAAUGGGGAGGGGGGGUGGCAGCCAAGGGGGCUGGAUUGGCGGCCUUUUUUUCCUUUGACUUUUAAUUUUCCAUGACUGUUCAAAGCAUCUGGGUCAACCUCAGGUGCACUUUGUAUCAACUGUAAGAACAUUACAACUAGAGGGAUUGCUUUAUUUUUAACACUAGUGACCUUUCUGCACACGGGUUAGUGGAAGGUGCACACGCAUGUGAGUGUGUGUGUGUGUGGGUAUGUUGACACAGUGGUGAAAAUUCCACUAUGCUAAUUUUAUUUUUGUGGGGGUUUUUUUGGCCCACCUUUCAUUCAGAUAAACUUGUUCAGACUGUUUGCUAGGGACCAGUUCUUUUCCCUUUCGUGCCAAUAAUUUCAUCCCCUCUUCACCACAUCAUGCCUUUUCCUUCUCUUCCCCUACUCCUCUACCUAAAAUACCCACUCACACCACUGAAAACUUUGUUACUGGUUGUUUAACAUGGAAAAACAAAAGCUAAAAGGAAGCACUGUUAAGGCACCGCUAUGUUCUUAAUGGUUUACAAUGAUCCUUAAGCUAUCCCCAAACUUUUACAUACUCAAUAAAAGCGUUUUUAUGGUCA